UUGAGGCGUCGGUACUGGGUACGCGUACAUGUACCGCACUAACAACAACAUCUCUGAGGGAAGGCAGAAGAGACGACGGACAGUUUCUACUACUACAAAGGCAAAAUGCAUCGGUUUCUAUCUGUACCAGAGCUCAAUCACCGGCAGGAGUGGAGACAAGAUGGCCGCAAGUUUUUAGAUCACUCUGAUCUCCGGGGAACGAACCAACCAAAGAUGUCCACGUCACAGAAUGGUGUGGAACAGGUUCUUGACAAGACGUCACGUGACGAAGAUGGGGCCUUACUACUGGCUGAUAUAGAAAGGGUGGCGGAUGAAAUCAGCAUACUUGAAAAAAAUAUGGACAACAUCACUAGCAGAUCCCGUACCGCUGCGGGGCUGUUCUGGCCGAUGUUGUCACUGAACAUCCACCAGCUGAGCGAACAACUGUCCUCCGUGCACAGCGCGCUGAACAGGCUCGGCAGAGACAAGGCAGUCGCCGGGAUCCUCCGCCAACAACUGCGCGAUACGGAGACGAAGCUAGAGAGUUUAACCCUAGGCGCGCAGAAGGUGGGCGAUAUUGAUACGGUGGACUCGCGGCAGGUCUUACUGCAUAGCAAGUGUGGAGAGGGUUCUAGACCAGCGGGGUCCACAGAGAUACUUCAGAAUGACGCAGUAGAAGAGUGGCUGAAAAGGGCAGAACAGGGAUCUACCUCUUCCCAUGACCUCCACGGGGCGGUGGAAGAUCACCUCCGUAAAGAAAAUGAGCGAAGCAAACUCCUGGAGGAGGAGCUCACCGUGAUGAAAGAACGCUAUGAAAAGAAUCCGUCUGUGAAAGUUCCUCCUGCGACCACCCCGGCCCAGCCUGAUGAACUGUCCGCUGUUCGGGCAUUGUUAGCGGAGACAGAAAACCGCCUGCGAAACGAGAGGGACCAAAACAAGAGUCUACGGGAGAGUGUUGCGUCUUUGAGACAGGUCCAGGAAGAAAGGGAUGCACAGAAUAAGGAGUUGGAAGAAGAAGUAGAUUUUCUGCAGAAAAUGCUAGAAGAGGCGGAUGAAAGGUUUGACGCUGAAAUAACAGACAACACUUUUGCAUACCCUUUACACACCCAGGCCCCCACAGGGCGGCGACACAUGUCAUUGGAGACCUUGAACGAUGGAAGAGAAAGAAUGAACCACAGCCCUGCGAGAAGAUGUCUGUCAUUUGAAGAUACCCACUCGGAGGCAGUGAUAAACACUCACAGAAUGCCACAAGGUAGAGUAGAAACCCGUCACAAGGGAGGACUUAGUGUCAGUCAACCAAAUCUCUUCACCAGCCACAGCAAAAUGGCAGAAUAUGCCCCGAUAGGACACGCGAGCUACACUACGCCAGGCAGACCCGCGGCAGGUGGGCAGGAGUGGCGGCAAAGUCCCCGCGUACAGCAGAUUACCGCAGACCUGCAGUCUAAGCUGCACGCAGCUGAGGAAGACCUGCAACGAGAACGGGGCAGGUGCGUCGACAAAACACGGGAGAUUCACGAUUUAAGAGCGAAACUAACCAAGGAAGCAGAGAGUAAGAAAAAACUACAAGUGUCGUUUGCCAUGCUGCGGUCCCGAAUGAAAGAACUACUGGACAAAGUUCAUGUAGAAGAAGACAGACAUAGAUUAGAGAAGCGGUCCUUGCUACAGGAGAUCUCAGAGCUACGAAACCAAACCGGGGCAGGUAAAACGUCGGCAGAUGAAUCCAUACUGUCGUCACCCGAGAAUUCGCCCUCGUGCGACUUCCCGUUUUUCGUCAUGUCUCCCGAGAUCUCUCAAUCCUCAGACGACGUGUCGGUAGAAUCAGGACUGUUCCCAUGGGGAGGGGACAGAGAAGACGAUGGUGCAGGUGACGGCCUUGUGGGUGACCUGACGUCACGGCUGCGGGCCAGGGAGGACGAACUUCGCGCUGAGGCGAUGAAAGCGAAGGCACGCGGGCGGGAAAUCGUCCGACUGAGGAAAGAGGUUGUGAGACUGAACAGUGCACUACUGGAACGAGAAAAAAUGCACAGUUCUCCUUUGUAUCGGACCAGGUCCGAAACAAACGUCUGAGAGGAUAUUUACGAACAAACUUAUUACUAUUAUUAGAAACGAGGGAUUCAGUUACCCCGGCCCCGCCAUGACAUUUUCUACCCUUUUACCCCAUCGUGAAAUUAGCCUUCGGGGAUCAGUUUGCAAAGAAAGUUUACAUUUACGACUGAUACUGAAUGAUCUGGAAAGAAAAUGUAGUCAACAGAAGUGUGAUCUCUGAAGUAAAAUUCUCCAAGCUAGUAGAGACAGUAGAUAUUGGAACAAUUAUGUUCAAGAACAGAUAUUGCCUUUCCGUGUCUGUUCAAGUCAUAGCUGGGUUUGCCUUUGUCAUGUUUCCUAUUUGGAAGUUGCAGCUUUCCGGUUCAUUUCUGCUAUCUCAGGUCUGCCCCAGGAAGGAUGAGGAAAUGACUUCGUGUCGUUAAU